AACAUACUCGUUAAUACGAUAAAGCAAGCUAGGUUCCAUAACGAAACUCGUUAAUAUAAUGAUAGCAUCAUUGAAAUCAGGCAACCCCUUGAAGAGAUUGAGUCAGUAAUCUAACAAAACUCGGUUUUUAUUUCUUGCAAGGGAUCCCUUACUACCCUUCCCUUCCUUGACAUCCACUCAAGUCUUCUCUUUUAAAACCGCAAUGCCUCGCAGCCUGUUCAUACAAGGAAGAAGAAUUUUUGGCAGAAAAGAAAAGGAAUUGCCAGUAAUGGAGAUUAAGGUAGAAUCUCAUCAUGAUUCAUUGCAUACCAAUGAAGAAAAACUCCCUCUCCUGAAAGGAGUGGCCAUGCCGAAUGAGGAUGAGCAAAACUUGAUUCAGAAAGCCAUAAGUCAGACAUUCAAGAGCACAGCUCAUCUGGCCAAUCUUUUACCUACUGGAACAAUUCUUGCUUUCCAGCUUUUAUUGCCCAUAUUUUCAAAUCAGGGAAAUUGCGACUCGGUCAGUAGGUCCAUGACUGCAGGACUAGUUGCCCUCUGUGGGUUGUCAUGUUUCCUAUCAAGCUUUACCGAUAGCUUUAGGGACAAGAACGGAAAUGUAUGUUAUGGGUUUGCAACAUUCCGAGGCUUGUGGGUCAUUGAUGGGUCGGCAACCAUUCCACCAGAAGUUGCUGCAAAUUACCGGCUGCAGUUUAUAGAUUUCAUGCAUGCCCUCAUGUCAAUACUAGUAUUCGCAGCCAUUGCCUUAUUUGAUCAGAAUGUGGUAGAUUGCUUCUAUCCAUCACCAUCAACUAAGGAAGAGGAGGUCCUCACAGCAUUGCCUGUUGGGAUCGGUGUCUUUACUAGUAUGUUGUUUCUUGUUUUUCCCACCAGGCGCCAUGGAAUUGGCUUCCCCCUUUCUGCAAAUUAACCUUUGAUAUACCAGUGAACAUAUCCUUCUCAAAAUUAUUAUUACUCUGCUAA